GUUAUGUGCUUGAUUAACCAGCAGCCAAGUAUCAUUCAAAGCUGAGUAUUUUGAUGUCUUAAAACAUGUCUUGAAGGUAUCUUACAUCUUGAUUCUGUUCUCACUUUUGUGAAAUACCCAAAGCAUAACUAGAACAGCCUUUAGUCACUUAAAAUAUGAAUAUGAAUAAUUUAAGUAUUUUUGUCACAGAGGCAGAGGCAGAAUAACCUGGUCAUGUAUUUAUCCUGAGUUGGUGUGACUACUUCUGUGCAGCACAUUAUGUUCCCUGGUUGACAUGUGAUAAUCUCUAAUGUAAAUGAAGUUGUUCUUGCUUUGCCCAAUCUCAUCAGGUUUAACAUGUAAAGAGAGAGAAAAAACAACCUCAACAGGACAGUGGUUUUGCUGACAGAGCAGCCUAAUACAUGGAUAAUAUAACAUAAUGCUCCUCUUGUAUCUGUUGCAUAAUAGUUUGUACUUUCUCUCAGGGCUCAGGGUGAACGCCUGUGUGAGACUGUUCUUCUGCGUUUGUACAGCCUUCCAUUAUUGAUUAUGUACUCAACAUGUGCUCAGCUGCAGCAGGGCCAGUCAGCCUAAUCCCCUUAAUAACAGAGGCAGAAAUACUCGACUUGACACAAAGGCCCUGGGCUGAGCAAGGGGCAUCUGCCUCCCGUCAGGCACUGAGGUUACAGCACCCUGUUGAGGAACAAAACGUUUUGAAGUCAAUAACUCGUACUACAGGAAGCAGUGGUCAAGCAGCCGUGGAUGUAGUGUUGACUGUCAUCUUGUGUCAUAAGUGUGAACACGCUAGCACACACACAUCUGAGCAGGUGCAGGUCACCCUAUCCCACUUCUUUAAUUAUGCACACAAAGAAGGCCCCCGUCUGAGGUUUGGGUCCAGGUGAUGCUGCUCCUUGUUCUGACUGUUCAUUGGCUGCUCCAGAGUUAAGAGACAACACCUACUGGAUUUUCUCUCUUAUUAGGCUAUGUAUCUUUUCCCACUAUAAUUAUAUUUUUCUAUAGUGUUUUGAUACCUAUAGCAUUCAUCCACUGUCACGUUGGUAAUUCCACAGUUUCCGGACCAUAUUAAAGAGGAGCUUCUGUUGCUUUGAAAGUCCGGACUGUGAAUGAACAGAGCCAACAUGGAAAACAGCAAGCCAGUGAAGGAGGUGCUCCCCCUGCCUCGCUACCCUUCUCCACUUCCUGUGACCUCUUCCUCUCUGACCCUUGCUGCCACUUCAAAGAAACACACCACAAGCUCCAUGCAGAAUGUACAGGUGGCCUCCUCAGUGGUGACAUCAUUCAGCCAUCUGAAGCCUCCAGAGAGGGAUCUCACCCUGAUGUCUCACAUGAAGUCUAUUAAGUCUCUGAGGCACGCUGGCUUCACUGCAGUCUUCACAGGACAAACUAAGCUUGACUGUGAGGAUCUGUUGGAGGAGGUACCAAUCGUCAAUGUGAUCCUGGCUGACGUUGACUCCCUGGUGCCCACUCACGAUGAAGCCGGCAGCCCUAUAGCAGAGUGGAAACGACAGGUGAUGGUGCGGCAGCUGCAGCUCAGGCUACAGGAUGAGGAGGAACAGAGGAGACAGGACAUAGGUAAUGGCUACACAUCAGUGGAUGCUGGCUGGAAGUUCUCCCAAGCCUACAACGCAGUCUUGGGGCCCUUUGGUGAGCUUUUAACAGAGGAUGACCUGAUGUACCUGCAGCAGCAGAUCGAGACUGUUUCCCUGCAGAAGCGCUGCCAGGCCUAUGAGCUGGAGCUGACCAGGCUGACCCAGGAGCUGAGGGCAAUUUUACCUGAUCCAAUCGUAAACAUCUCCCUUAACAAAGAGGUCCUGCAAAAGAUGGACGCAGAGGGGAAAAUGUACCUGACAUUGCCAGCAUGGUGCAGUCGUGUUUCAGAGAUUGUUAAGAGCAUGUCAAUGCUGGUGGCUAAUCUGACACAAACCACAGAAGAAGGGGGUGAGAGGGGGAUAGUGGCAGGCAUGAUGGAGGAGAUGAAGGGUUCACAGGGGGUAAGAGAUAGUUUAGGAAUUGAUUUAGGCCAGGGAUUGGUGCAACAGGGCCAAGUGACGGUGUCAGCAGAUGGUGAGACCUCUAGUGUGUGUAGGAUUCCUCAUAUAGGGAUGGCAUCAGCUUUUAGCCAUCGUCUGGAGACCAACAGCUACGGCAGAGCCGGGAGGGAGAGGGUGGAGAGGGAGAUCCAACAGUCUGGGGUGUCGGUCAGAAACCUCAGAUCCAACUUUGAAGGUCAGAUUGGUAAUAUUUAUCCCUUUGCUGGGGUUGUGAAAGGAGGCCAGGGUUGGAACAGCCAGGUAAGGUUUGGAGCUUCAGGAGUAAACAACACAGGCCUCAGCUGCGAGGUGAGUCAUAUUCCUAAAAAAUGUAUACCUGUGAUGGAGACUACCAGCUUAAGGAAAGAGCGUAUCGUGGUGCUGUUCCUGAGCCACUGGAAGAAAUCUGCAUAUGCUAUUUCAGUGAGAGCAGCUAGGCAGAGACAGGGACAGGAAGCACUGUCAGAGGGAGUGACAGAAGCGUCGCCCCAACAGAAAAUCACCUCCAUGUUUCAAUUCUGCCGACAACGAGGUGUAGUGGCCAAGAUGCUAAACUCCUGGAGGAAUAAACUAGAACUCAAAGAUGCACAAAAUUCCUGUUUGUCCUCCUCCAACUCCUCACAAAAUCCACCACCUCGAGUAACCUUCUCCCCAGAGCAAUUCCUACCAGAUGUGGAUGGUGUUGCAGUGACCCACGACAGCUUGACCCUUGACCUCUUCAUGCUGGGAUACUUCCACAUCUUAGAGCAAGAGCUGUCACCUGAGGAGAGAAAGAUGAGGCAUCUACUCUGCUUCGAAGUCUUUGACCACGUUGGCAUUUUCUCCUGGGAGAUGGUGAGGGACUUCCACAAGGCUGUUCUCCAGGAAAUCCAGGCUGGGAGUCGACAGUGGAGCGACGGCUUCGAGGACAUCAAAAUUCGCUUCUUUGGGGACUCGAGACCAUGCCGCUGUCCAUCACCAUCAUCAUCUUUAUUGUUGUCAGAUUCCAGACUCGUACCCAAAGUUGUAGUUCAAUCUGCUACUCCAGCCGAGUGUUGCAGAGACACAGACUUCUCUUGUUUCAACAAAGAAGACAUUUGUGAAUAUAUCGACCGCAGCUUUGCUUUCUGGAAGGAGAAGGAGGCAGAGCUGUUUGAUUUUAAACGUUAG